UCUAUGUUUUCAUAACACCUUAUUAAAUUUGUAUAAAUUACUUCACUAGUGCGAAUGCAUUGAUUUAUCGAUAAACGCUUACCGCUAUUGUCGAUAAACAUAGAUUUUUUUUAUUGCAGUGUUGUCAAAUAUUUUGCUUCCCAAAGUGUGAAGUGAGGUAACUUAUACGUUUCAUAUCUGCCUUAAUAGAAACUGAAAAUAAAAUGAUGGAUUUUGAAUUACAAACUCCUGCUGGAGGUCUUAAUGGUGGUAGAGACUAUUACAUCGAUUUUGAUCCUCCAAUGUCGAGACUUUUUAUAGUUUGUAAUAAGUCUCACAAUGAGGAUGAUUUUCGUAUGGCUUUUUCCCCAUUUGGAGAAAUUAAAGACAUUUGGAUUGUUAAGGAUAAGUUCACACAUGAAAACAAAGGUAUAGCUUACAUUAAGUUCGGGAAAAUUUCCGAAGCUGCUAAAGCUCAAGAGGAAAUGAAUGGAAAAGCUAUCGGCAAUAUUUCUGGAAGCAUAAAAGUUUUAUUCGCUGCAAAUCGCAACCAAGGUUCUAGUAGAUCUGAUAUUGAGCAUGAAAAGUUUGUGCGUUUAUUUAUUCUAUGCUCAAAAAACGCAAUUGAGCAGGAAUUGCAUGAAGAGUUCAGUAAGUAUGGUGAUGUUGAAAGUAUCACUAUUGUAAAAGAUAAAACAACAGGAAUUUCAAAGGGUUGCGGUUAUAUACGAUAUACAAAGUUCUCACAUGCUGCUUUUGCUUAUGAAAAUUGUCCACAUAAGUAUAAAGCUAUUUUUGCAGAACCGAGAGGUUCUACACGAACACAACGUGAUCAUUACGGUAGAGCUAACGACGAUAUUUCUGGGCUUAAAGAUUUUAAUAGUAACAUGCAGAGAUCUUCUGCAUAUCAACCAACAUGUUUGGAAGUUACUGUCAGUAAUCUGGUUAAUCAAGAUCAAUUAUGGCGUCUAUUUGAUAUUAUCCCUGGUUUGGAAUCUUGUCAAUUUACUAAAGAGAUUAGACCCAAAUCUUUUGAAGCUAAGGUUGUGUAUGAAAAUGCAGAAGCAGCUGCUUAUGCCAAGGAAAAAUUGCAUGGAUUGGAAUAUCCUCUUGGAGAGCGAAUUAUUAUUAAAUUAGCCGGAUUGCAAUACGCAUCAAUGGAAACAUCAUUCAUAGAUAAGAGCGUUAAUAACGAAUCCAUAGUUAAUGUCUUGUUGCCUCCUAUGCAGUCUAUGGCUUCACCAAAUGAACCUAUGGCACAACGUUUGUUUAUUGUUUUGGCUGGAAGUGUGCCCUUAUCCAUACUAAAAAAUGUAUUCAGUUGCUGGAAAGGAUUGAUUAAUAUCUAUAUGCUGCCUAAUAAGAACUGUGGAUACGUUAAGUACGCUGACAAAGACAGCGCUCAACAAGCCAUACAGGUCCUUCACGGUGCAGAAAUUUGCGGAGUUAAACUUAAAGUUUUAGAAGCUGAAGAACGCAAUUAUGGUGAUGAGGCCCAUAGAAAACGUUUACGUAGCAACUGAAUACAAUACCAACAAAUUAACUAAAAAAUAAUCAAUAAACUUACUAACACUGGACACAUUAUUAUAGCAAAA